CCGGGAGGCGUGACUAGGGGCUGGAAGCAGGCGGGCCGCGGAGCCGUGGGCCCGGGCUGCCGCUGUCAUGGACGCCUGGGUCCGCUUCAGUGCUCAGAGCCAAGCCCGGGAGCGGCUGUGUAGGGCUGCCCAGUAUGCCUGUUCCCUUCUCGGCCAUGCUUUGCAGAGACAUGGGGCCAGUCCUGUGUUACAGAAGCAGAUUCGACAGCUGGAAGGUCAUCUGAGUCUUGGAAGAAAGCUGCUCCGCCUGGGUAACUCGGCAGAUGCGCUCGAGUCAGCCAAGAGAGCUGUGCACCUCUCCGACGUUGUCCUGAGAUUCUGCAUCACUGUUAGUCAUCUCAACCGAGCCUUGUACUUUGCCUGCGACAAUGUUCUGUGGGCUGGGAAGUCCGGACUCGCUCCCCGCGUGGACCAGGAAAAGUGGGCGCAGCGUUCAUUCAGGUACUACCUGUUCUCCCUCAUCAUGAAUCUGAGCCGCGAUGCUUAUGAGAUCCGCUUACUGAUGGAGCAAGAGACCUCAGCUUAUGGCCGGCGUAUGAAGGUUUCUGGAGUCCCAGGAGGAGUUGAGACUGGGGGACCUGGAGGAUCAGGGACUCCAGGGGGGUGCCUGCCACAACUAGCUCUGAAGUUUCGGCUCCGGGUCCUGCUCCUGGCACGUGUCCUUCGAGGUCACCCCCCUCUUCUGCUGGAUGUGCUCAGAAACGCCUGUGACCUCUUUAUCCCACUGGACAAACUAGGCCUCUGGCGCUGUGGCCCUGGGAUUGUGGGCCUUUGUGGCCUCAUAUCCUCCAUUCUGUCUAUUCUCACCCUAAUCUGCCCCUGGCUGCGACUCAAGCCCUGACGUUAUGAUACAAGAUAAGGAGGGAGCUCAAUUGGUGAGAUGGAGUUUUAGAUUGCCCCAUGUGGCACCCUCAUCCUAAUGUGACUCCUUAAUUGAAGUUAGAUCCAGAUACUCAGGAAUGAGGGGAGAACCUUGCCAAAGACGAGGUCAGGAAGGCGAUGUCGCUGGGAAGACUCCAGCAUGCCUCGAGAGGCGUUUGGGCUUCUCUGUCAUCGCCCGAAUCUCUUUGCUCUCUUCCCUUUUAUCUGCCUUGAGUCUGGUUAAGAAUUUGUCACCAUGCGGCAGAAUUGUCUUUCUUAGUCCCCUAUCUGAACACUUAAACAGAAUUCCUUCUUGGUAGGAGAAGCACAUGUUUUGAGUGGUAAAGUGUUAAUUGAAUUCUUUUUCUGAAGCAGCAUGGAGCAUAGUGUUUUUCCUUCACACUCCAUGAUUUUCGAGGCUUCAUUUCAUGUCCCAGCAGACUCUUCCCUCAUAUCUCUGCACCGAAGGCCAUUUGACACUUCUCCCCGGUGUCUACCUCACCAGCCUCCUUCCUGAUUUGGCACUGACCCUUCUCUCCUCCAUACCUUCCCGUGUCUGCUAACACUUUGAUAUUAGAGUUUCCUUCCUCUCCUGGCUCUGCCCUUUCUUUAACUGUCCAGGUUGAUGCUGUGUCUGGCCUCUCACUGUAAAUACUGUACAAUGAAUCUCUGUAAAUAGCUGUGGUCCAUGCCCACAGUGCAGGCAAGCCUUCCAGGUCAGCACAUUAAAGAUCGGUUUGCUCA